AUGGGAAGUAAUAGAAGAGUGUGCGAGUAUGAAGCGGCAUUCAAGUCCAUGGCGCAGAAGAGAAAUAUUGUUGGGGCAGAAUCUGCACCAAGCAAUAUGGAUAGGGCCAACAACAAUAUGUAUAGAAUUAGUGCAUCUGGUGUUAACAGUCAUAAGGCCACGGGAAUGAACCCUAAUACUGACGAAAAGAGGAGGAAGAGAAGAGAAGAGAAGGCUGAGACGCUUUUACACUUGAUUUGUUGGGGGCCUAAUUAA